GUCCCCGAGACAGCCUCCGCGGAGGAGCAGAAGGAAAUGGAAGAUAAAGUGACUAGUCCUGAGAAAGCUGAAGAAGAGAAAUUAAAAGCAAGGUGUCCUCAUCUGGAACAAAAGCCCGGAGGUUCAGAUUUCUUAAGAAAACGGUUGCAGAAAGGGGAAAAAUACUUUGAUUCUGGGGAUUACCACAUGGCAAAAGCAAAAAUGAAAAACAAGCAACUUCCUACUGCAGCCCCGGAUAAAACGGAGGUCACUGGUGACCACAUUCCCACUCCACAGGACCUUCCUCAACGGAAGCCAUCCCUUGUUGCUAGCAAGCUGGCUGGCUGAUUAAAAGAGCUGAACUGCA